GCCGCAGUACCCGCUGGGAGUUGUAGUCCUCGCCCUGUUAGCCUCAAGCACUCAUUCAGCGCUUGGACUACAAGUCCCAGUAAGCCCUUGGGUGCCCCUCCCAAGGCCAGUCCAGGCGUCUUCCGCCAGCGGCCGGAAGCAGGAGCCCUAGAGUGGCCAUGGGGACCGGCGGGCGUAGGGGGACGCGGUCCGGGAAAGGCACGGAAGGCGCAGCGGCGACUUCUUCCUCUUGCCUGUAUCGUUGUAUCGAGUGCAACCGAGAGGCUCAGGAGCUGUACCGGGACUACAGCCACGGCGUGCUCAAGAUAACCAUCUGCAAAUCCUGCCAGAAACCAGUAGACAAAUACAUCGAAUACGACCCUGUUAUUAUCUUGAUUAAUGCCAUUUUAUGCAAAACUCAGGCCUACAGGCAUAUUCUUUUCAACACUAAAAUAAAUAUCCAUGGGAAACUCUGCAUGUUUUGUUUGCUUUGUGAAGCAUACCUGCGGUGGUGGCAGCUGCAGGACUCGAGCCAGAGUCCAGCCCCCGAUGACGUGAUCCGGUACGCCAAGGAGUGGGACUUCUACAGGAUGUUUGUGAUCGCUUCUUUCGAACAAGCUGCCUUUCUUACUGGCAUAUUUGCUUUCCUGUGGGUACAGCAACCCAUGACAGCAAAAAGAGCACCCGACUUUGUUCUGCUGCUGAAAGCACUGUUGCUGUCCAGCUACGGGAAGCUCCUGCUAAUCCCGGCCGUCAUCUGGGAACAUGACUACACACCUCUGUGUCUCAGGCUCAUUAAAGUGUUUGUCCUGACCUCAAAUUUCCAGGCAGUCAGAGUGACCCUGAACACAAACCGGAGGCUCUCCCUGUUGGUCGUGCUAAGUGGCUUACUGCUGGAGAGCAUUGUGGUCUUCUUCUUCCAGAGGAUGGAGUGGGAUGUGAGCAGUGACUGUGCGCUCUACAAGUCUCAGGACUUCUGAAGGUACUGGAAUCGUGUCAUCCGCCCAUCCCACAUAAGGCACCAACAACAGACAAGGGGAUGAUCCCACACAUGACUAGUUUCGUGGUUGGGAGGACUGUCAUAGCAUGGCACCUUUCUGGGCAGCUGCCCCACCAAGGAAAGUCUCCUCGGCAUCUGUUAACUGCCUAUGUAUCCUGGGAGCGAUAGGCCUUGCGACCUCUUCCCCAUACUGAAUGUUAGCAGGCCUGUCUCCACACGGCUAAUCACAGCUGCUGAGAGUUGAGGACAGUGGCCUCGUCAUUCUGGGGGUCAUCGUUCCGGGGGCAUCCUGUCACGCUGUGUGACUGGGUGGGCGCUGUCCGUGCCUCUCCCCUCGCAGCCCUCUCCAGGAGGACGGGGUGCUGGGCUCCCUGUUUCUUCACUUGCCUCCAUUGCUGCUCCCCACCGGUCCUCACUGUCUAACCCUCUGUGGCCCUUGCUUGGCUACAGGAUCUGACUAUGUCCAUCCAUCCAUGGCUGCUGUUUGCUCUCAUUCACCCUUACCUCUUGUCACUCAGUCUCUUCCCCCCAGACUCCCUCUGCUUCUCAACCCCACAGACGCUGAAGGAAGCUGCGGGUGGCUCUGUCAGGCCUCUAACAUGCUUCCUGCCUUCCACCUGCUGUGUCUACACAAGGUUCAAGAUUCUUGACUAGGAGCUCUCUGCUGGUCGUGUCAUCUCGGCAGGACUCAGUGGCCUCUGAGAACACUUCUGUCUGAGGAGGGUGCUUCUCCUCAGCCACACUGCCUCCCUGUGCCCAGCGCUCAGUGCUACAGCUUCCUUCUGUUUGUUCUUCAUCUGUCAUUCAUGGUGUUCCUUCCUUCUCUGCUGUGUGGAGCUCCCUCCUGUGCCUCCCUGUCUGGCCUAUGGGCUCCUUCCUCCACCUGAGGAAGCAGGAUCCUAGGGUGAAGAAAUGCAGGAGGACCCACAGCAGGAGAGGGAGCCAUACUCAGGCUCAUGUCGUCUUCAGUAUGUCACCUUGGGUGUGGAGCGCUCCACUCCUCACAUGCCCUGUGGUGUAGCCCUGUUUGCUGCUGUGCUGUGAGCCAGCCCAGCUUCCUUCCUCCUGGGCCUUUGGGGGUGUGGCUGCUGGAGCUGGCCUCCCUCCUCAGUGUACGUGUAUGGCUCCUCAUUCUGGGCGUUCCGUCUGAGCUGCUGCGUCCCUGACUUCCCCUUUGUGGACCCCCUUUCCAUGCCCUGGGUCCACAGUGCGAAACUUCACAGAGCUGCUGCAGCUCUGUCAAAAUGUUCCCGUUGGUGCUGGAAUUCUAGCCCCACCCCCUUCCUUCCUUCACGUGAAAGGGUGGGUGGGCCUGUUCUUCCCAGAUCCCUCUCCUGGCCAGUGCUGCGUCCUGUCCCCUGCCUGAUACUUGGUGUAUGCAAGAGUAUUGCCCUCCGUCCGAUAUGCCCACACUCCAGCUGCUACUGGUUCCCUCCUAUAGAAAGCUGCCACGUUCACUCCUGAGAAGGACAUCUCUCCACACUCCACCCUGGUGCUUCUACCCAGUUGGCACCUCAAUAGCAGCUGCCUUCCAAAUUCCUACCGCAGGCCACCCAGGUCUGUGUUCCCUCUGGUGCGUCUGUAUGUCUGGCUGUCUGCUGUAAUUCAUAGGAAAAUCAACUCACCAGUCUUCAGAACCCACUACAGAGCCAGUGGCCUACUGUGUGAUCUUGUGCUUUGUUCUGUCUUCUUAAAAUUACACUGAGGAGAGACCCUGCCUCCCGCUCCCCUGUGUCCUCCGUGGCUCCCAGCCAGCCUUGGAAGCAGGGCUUCUGUGGUGAUCAGAACAGGCCCCACAAAGUAGUCUUGCUCUGCUGUCUACAGCUUUAUUCUUCACUCUCUGGCAGGACCAGCUACCUCAAAAGAGAAGGCACAAAAGAACCCAAGGUCUCUGCUUUCUGUGAGUGAAGCCAAGACUGGGGAUUUCUGAACGUACCCAGACACCCCAGAAGAUCUGAACCACCUAUACCAAGGCUGAACGCUCUCAGGCAGCACUGUGGUUCCCUUAUAGGAAUGAUAGCUCUGAGCUCCAUCCUUCCUGCUCUUUAGUGUAAUAUUUUAUUACACUGGUGGCUUUAACCCUGUAUUUUGUGUCUUUCUGACAGAAGCACUUUGAAGUUAUCUUUCAGAAUAAAUCAAGCUUUUUAUACAUUUCCAGUUCAGUAACUAAGGUUGUCUUUUGAAUUACCUCAGCCAGAAAUAGCCAAGAUAAUCAUUGUAGUUCUCUCUGUAAUGGUAUGAUAAAGACUCUACAACUAGGGUACUUUAUAAAAGAAAGUGUUUCGUUCAGCUUAUGGUUUCAGAGGGUUAGAGCGCUUGGCAGCCUAUAGAGAGUUCACAUCUUGAUCCACAAGCAGGAGGCACAGUGAGCACUGGGAACCACAGGAGUGUUUGAACCUCAAAGCCCACCCCAGUGCCACACCUCAAGGUCACUCCUUGUAAUCCUUCCCAAACAGUUCCACCAGCUGGGAACCAGCAGUUCAAAUAGAUGGGCCUAAUACAUGGUGGCUCGCUCUUUUUAAGCACUCUGUGAGUUCAAGGCCAGCCUAGUCUGCAAAGCUAGGACAGCCAGGGCUACACAGAGAAACCCUGUCUUGUAAAACUUAUAUACAUGUAUUUCUAUGGGACCCACUCUCAUUUAAGCCAUGAAAAUCAUAAAAUCCCUGAAUGCCACAGCCUAGAGAUGAAUUAUAUCCCAGUUGAGCUGCUAGAGAUGGAUACAGCAGUAACAUCGGCCUAACCCCUGUGCCCAUUUUAGAUACGGUUUCACUGUCUCAUCCAUACCAGGCUUCUGAGGAGCUGAGAGUGGUACUCAAAGAAACUACACAAGAAAUCAGCCAGCUGUGACGGUGCACACUGUAAUCCCGGCUUCUCUAGGCAGAAGCGUCUGGGCAGCACGGUGAGGUGGUUGUGCUAGGGAAAAGUUAGUGAUCUAGAGAAGCACACACAGGAGCCCAUCUGAAGCGACUCACAGCAGGGUCUUUAUUCUCUUUGAGCUGGCUUGGGGCCCCCAAUGCACCACCAUCAUGCAGGAUGUUUUUGGUAGUGGGGAAGCCUCGAAUGUCUAUCAGGGCAAAACUUUUUAGUAAGCAGCAAACAGGGAAUACAAUUGCAGGGGAUGCAAGCAUCUAAUUGGAAAUCUGCUGUGGCCUUUAACAUAAUUGGCUGAUGCUGGGAGUCACUUAACUUCUGCUCCUCUCUUCAUGUGGUCAUUAGGCAAGGGGUGGGCUUGUAACCUCGGAUGCAGGUUUGUUGGGGAAAUGACCUGGAGACACUGGUCUUGUUAGGGGUGUAACCUGGAAACUCUGCUCUUGGGAUUAGCCUAGACUGGAGCUAGGCUCAGGUUCUGUUGGGGGGAACUUGGAACUAAUGCUAUAUUAGCCUGUUAGUCUGCCUGAGUUCAAACUUAGGUCAGAUUAUCUAAAAUGGAGUCUGAAUUUAAAAGAUUUGGCAUCUCAAGGUCAAGGUCAGUCUUAGCUUAGCAGAAUCUAAAAGGCUGGGCAGUAUAGUGAGACUCUGGGCCGCUUUAUUGGGUGUUUUACUGACCUCCCUUCUUCAGUCUUACACCCUGCCCCCAACACUAGGGAGGUAAGAAAGGCUAGAGGGGAGGGGCGUCAGCAUCAUUAGACUAGAGAGGAGGGGCGUCAGCAUCAUUAAACUAGAGAGGAGGGGCAUCAGCAUCUUAGACUACUUCCUGCUGAUUAGGGGCAUCAGGUUCCUUGGGACAAGACUGGGUAUCUCCAAGCUGCAAACAGCAACAGCAGGCUCUUAUCUUCAGCUGACACAAUCACACCCCUGCCAGAGCAUGAGACAAAUCACAGUCAGCCUCUGUGGACCAUCCAAAGCAGCCCCUAUAUCCCACACCUGGGAUUAAAACAUUCACAUAAAAUUUUGUGCUUUUAAAGAAACCAAAAUUCUCACUAGAGGGUUGUAGCUUACUGUUGGACUCUUCCCUGGUGUGUGUGAAGUCUGUUGGUCCAACCUCAUCAAAAAAACAGUCUUCUUAGGAUUAAGACUGUAAGAGUGAACAGUGGUUGGCCCCUCCAGCUACCAGUGAGCCGAGAGGCUUUCCCCACGCAGACCCAGAGGCUGGUCCAUGCAUCCAAUAAAAGUCCCUACAGUUCCUAGAAUUUUAACUAAAAGUCUCUGAACGAUCAGUAACGUUGGCAAGUCCUAGUGAAAAUGCACAGUGCACACCUGUCCUGUCGCUGUAAUACGGUUGUUACUGCCAUUUCACUCUGACCCUUAGUAUGUUUGGUUUGAAUUUGUUGGCUGGUUUUGUGUGUGUACACGUGUUUGCAGUCCUGGGUUGAGCACAAGGACUUGAAUGUAGUUUAUUAAAACAGACAUUUGGUGAGAUGGCUCAGGGGGUAAAGCCCAUGACACAGAGCCUGACCAGCCGCAUUCGCUCCUCAAGGCCCACGUGUUGGAAGGAGAGAACCAGCUUCUGCAGGUUGUCCCCGGACACACACGCACACACACACACACAGGCAUGCACACAGAGUAUUAAUUGAGAACAAGGAAAUGCACAGGCACACCAGCCAUGGUAGAAAGCCUGCCUCGUGACCACACUGAUAAACGGGCUGAAGCCAGGUGUUGUAUUCCCUGUAAUCCUGGCACCCAGGAGGUGAGGCAGGAGGAUGGAGAGUUUGAAAUCACCCUGGCCAUAUAGAAUGGCCUUUUCAAAGGAGAAACCUUCAGUGCUGACAGCUGACUGCCCACUCGUGUUUUCAAUGCCCAGAGAGCAUGCUGCUUUAAGUGCUGCAGACAGCACGCUCCCAGUGAGCAGGGACAGGUGCUCUGUGUCCUAGUAUCUGAGCCCUUUGGGCCAAACUGGGGAGACAGUAUAGUGCGUGGGAGCCAAGAAGGAUAUUUGUAUAUAUUUGCAAGGUCAAAUUGAUCAGAAAGCUUAACAGUAAGAUUGAAACCACAAAAUGGCUAAUGGGAGUGUUUAGGAUCACACAGGAGAUGUGAUGAGACUGAGUCCUCCUCCUCUUCCUCCUCCUCUUCCUCCUCCUCUUCUUCCUCCUCCUCCUCCUCCUCCUCCUCCUCCUCUGUCUGAUGAGCAGCCCCUGUGUAUCUGAGUGCCUAGUGGCAGGUCUCUGGAGGUCCAUAUUUCUUUGUUAGGAAAGAGACUAGUUUACCACCCUUCAGAUACACUUGCAGGGAAGCGAGACCAGACGUUUGUUAAGUAGAGCGCUCGGAUGACUAGAACCAGGCUUCAGUCUGUGUCUCUGAAGGAAGCAUUGAUGAAGGGAAGAGAACAUCCCAGGGACCCCACAGUGGUAACUGUCUGACUGCUGCACGGCCACAGACCUCAUUAUAAAGUGAGAGAUCUACUGUAAAGAGAAACCCUUCCAGCUUAAAGCCAAAAUAGCCCUGGCUUCUGCAGCAUCACCAGAGAAGGUGCGCCAAAGCCAGAGCCUCAAGUAUGACACAGGAUCCCCUACCCCAUGUCUUGUUGGGUGUGGCUCUUGGGAUGAGCUGUCCGAGAAAGCAUGGAAGUGCCUAAUAGUCUGCACCAGGGGCCUGCAGCUAGGAGGCUUAGAAUGUGCUCAGUCCUGAACAGGGAAGGCAGACAGAGAGCCUGGAGGUGGGUUUGUGUGUGCCCCAAGCUGCGCUCCCCCUGGAAGUGUGUCCCUACACACUGUUUUAGGGACAGCUGCUGUGUACACUCCCUGGCCUAUCACUGGCCAGCAUCACCAUAGUCUCCAUCUAAUCAAGUGUCCCCCUCCCCUCCUGUGGGAACCACCAGUGGCAUUACCCACCUAGGGCGUCAGUGCUCACUGCCAAAGGGAGUAGAGCUCUCACCUGUGGGUGUAGGGCAAGAAGCUCUAAGCACCUCACCACUGAGCCGCAUGGCCAGCUCUGAGGCCAGCAGUGUGGGGUGUACUCCAUUCUGACCAAAAGGUUUCCACUGCCACCUGCUUCCUGCACUCUGCAGGAGUCACCCAGUGGGGACACAAUUGGCAGGAAACAGACAGGCACCUGCUCCGCAUUGGAGUCAAAGUCAGAGCUGCCUUGAGUAUCUUAAAACAAGCAGGAUUCCUUAUCUUCCCCACCGAGGCUGUUUUCCAAAGUCUGGUUUCAUUCAGUCUGCCCAGCCUUUGUCCUGACUUAUGAACCCACCCACUUAAAAAAAACAAAAACUGCACUAAAAAGCCAUUUUAUUGUGUCAUGUGAGUUUUUAUUAGGCAGCUAUUAGGGGAAUAAAGGUGAUUAUGCAUAGUA